GUUUUUGCUUCAUUCGAACGAUUGAGAAAAAUUAAUAAAUAUGGAAAAUUAUCUACAAAAAUUAUUGAUUAAUCAACAAAAUGAAAAUAUUCUGCGCGAUGAACGUGAUCAAAUGAUUAAACGACAUGAACGGGAAUUGGAGGAAAUUGAUGAACGUAUGGCCCAAUUGAUUCGUCAACGUAAUCAAAUUAUUGAUGAUAUUCAAAAUUUUUCCAAAAAUACAUCAAACAUUCUUCUCAACAAUGAUAACCAUAAUAACGUGCAUGAUAAAGAUUCGGGCCGAAAGCAUAAUAAAUGCAAAUUGAUUAAAUCCACUGAUUCGGCAUUCAGUAAGCCCAUACGUUUAGAUUCAAAUAACAAUCCAAUCGAUGAGGAUAAUGAUUUUCCCAACAACAAAACGUCAUCGCCACCAAUUAAACAAACACGAACAUUAAAAUUAUUCACAACACCACGCAUACCAACAUCCUCAUCAUCAUCGAACAUUAUUUUAACAAAAAUACCUGAAUCACCGACGACUGUCCAAAUUGAAUCGAUGUUGAAUAAAGUUCGCAAUAAUGUUGCUAUUGAUCCAUCCACAUUGAAUGAAUGUAUUGAUUUGCUUUCAACCACUAAUAAAAAUAACCAGAAAAAAGAAAAUAACAAUGAUUAUCAAUGCCAAACAGCCAAAGAGAAAGACAAAGUUGAUCCACUUGCAAAGGUAACCGAAUCCAAACAACCAUCAUCACCGAAACGCCGUUUCGAAACACCCGAAGAACGACGAAAACGUAUUGAAAAGGUUUUAUUUGAAACGCCUGGUAAUAAAAUGCAAAAAGGAUCAAUGUCAAAAUCAUUUUCAUCGCUCAGCACUAUUGAUUUUUUGGGCAAUAAUAACCAUCAUCGUUCACAAAAUCAAUUACAAAUUGGUAAACAAUCACAACAGCAACGAUCAUCCAAUUUAAGUUUGAAUCGAUAUUCAAAUCGCACAAAAGUGAGACGCAAUCAUUCAUUAUCCCCAUUAAGAUUCGGUUCGAAAAAAACUAAAAAUACCAAUAAUGGUGGCGAUGAACAAUCCGAACCAACAUCGCCAACAACAUCGAUAACGACGGCAGAAAACAGUCCAAAAGAAAUAAGAAAAUUUAAAUCCGAACAGCAAUUAUUUUUCGAUGAAAACUUAAGCAUGGCCAGUUUCGAUGAUGAUGGUGGUGGAAGUAGUCAAACAACCACAAGUCAGAAUAAUGAUAAUCUAAGUUUGGAAAUGGAUCCGGAUAAAUUGAGUCUCCAACAAAUCGAUGAUGAUAAUGUCGGGGAUAAUGGCCAGGAUGAACCGGAAGAUCACUUAUUGGCACCAUCCAAAGUGGCAAAAUCACAGGAUGCAUUUAAGCAGAUAUUUUUCCCGGUGGAUGUACGAGAAAAACCGCUAAUGUCAAAAGAGGAAUUGAAUAAAAUUAAAAAUAAAAAAACAAUGGUCAAAUCCAAAUCGAUUGGUUGGGCCGAACAGGCCGAGCGAAAUUCCAAUUGCAAUGACCAAGCAUUAUCAUUGAAUGUAGAUUAUCUAAGUCAUUUAAGACACAGUUCAGCAUCACCUGUUGAACAAAAACUGAGAGAAAAGGAACUAAAUAAUCUAAACAAUACCAAAAAAUUUCGUUGCUAUCAAGAUUUCUGGGAAAAUAAAACCAAAGAAAUUCUGACGGAUAAAAAAGAUCGUUCGGAAAUCAAACAACAACCACAACUGAUGGAUGCGAGCAAGACUCCAACUAAUUGGUCGAGCGCACUGCAGCCAAAGAUUAGUAAGGUGGCAACGAAAAUUCCUGAAUUGAAAAAAUGUACGAAAAUUAAUGAAAAUAUUAAUAAAUCCAUUAAACAACCGGUCAUGGCAAAUAUUAUGAUUGAUGGCAAAGAAAAUCGUGCUACAUAUCGGCCACAAUUCAUAAGAAUCAUCGACACCAAAAAGCAUCCAACACAAACACUAACACAACAUACUAAUAAUAAUACUAAUUCAAAUAAAUCAACAACCAAAACACAGGACAAAUUAUCAAUACCCAAUGAUGAGUCACAAAAAUCACCAUCACCCAAUAAUUAUUCCGAUUCGGAUAGCGAAAAAUUGAUUGAAAAAUUACGUUAUUUUAAACAAGAUAUUCAAAGACAAAAAAUGAAGCAUCAAAUGAAACAACAACAACAACUUGAUAACAUUACUAAUCCAAUACCGGCUAAAUCAUUGGAUCUACAUUAUAUGAACAAACAACAACAGCAACCAUCAAUCGAUUGUUUGGAUCAACCAAAGUCAACCAAUAAUCAACGUAAUAAUCGUAUCAAAUUAACACGAUCAUAUUCUCGCCAAGACUCUAUUCAAACUAAUGACAGUGAUGACAAAGCAUCACCACCAAUCAUAACACCGACUAAACAAUCCAAAAUCAAUAACUGGCCACAGCAUCCAACUAAUUCGUUAUCGUUUGGUCAUCAUCCAAAUCAAUUGUCAGCUGAAAUUAGAAGUACAUAUUUUUGAAAACAAUAACAAAACACUAUUUUUUUAAUAAAUUUCAUUAUUGUUCA